AUGCGAACUUCACGAGUGUCUCGAGAAACUGCGCGGGUAGUGGACGCUCUGUCGUCGCGAGCGUCGACUGGCAAUGCGCCUAGACGCUCCUUGCGUAACAUUGCUCAUACCACAGACAUCAACUAUGCGCCAGAUGAAGCGAGCUCGGAUCUGUCCUCGCUCCCCUCGAGUGCUUCUCCAUCGAGUGCAUCACCAUCGCCUCCACCGUCGACUCGCAAGCGCAAACGAACAGCCAAGUCCGAAGUGCUCUCCCCAAAUCCCUCGGCCGCCAAUCACACUACCAAUGUGCCCAAGAAGACGAAGCGACAGCCUGCCAAACGCAUAAAGGGCGAACAUGGACACGUCGAGCCUCCAGCCAAUUGGGAACAAGUGUACAACAUGACUGCUGAGAUGCGCAAGAAGGUCCUCGCUCCAGUCGAUACCAUGGGGUGUGAAUCGCUGGCCGAACGUGAUCGCUCUCCAAUCGACCGACGACUGCAAACACUGAUUGCGCUGAUGCUAAGCUCGCAAACGAAAGAUACCGUCACCGCUGUCGCCAUGAAGACUUUGCAAGACAAUCUUGAGGGAGGCUUCAAUCUUGCUGCGCUGCUCACAGUUGAGCCAGAACGCCUCAAUGAACUGAUCGCAAAGGUCGGAUUUCACAACAACAAGACCAAAUACAUCAAAGCAACCGCCGAGAUCCUCCGACACCGCUUUCAUGGUGACAUCCCAGAUACGAUAGAAGGGCUGGUUUCGUUGCCUGGAGUUGGACCCAAAAUGGCUUAUUUAACCAUGUCUGCUGCAUGGGGUCGCGAUGAGGGUAUCGGUGUUGAUGUACACGUUCACCGUAUCACUAACCUCUGGGGUUGGCACAAGACCCGCAAUCCUGAGGAAACUAGGGCGGAACUCGAGAGCUGGCUUCCGAAAGAAAAGUGGCAUGAUAUCAACGGACUCCUCGUCGGUUUUGGCCAGACUAUAUGCUUGCCUGUUGGUCGCAAGUGCAAUGAUUGUACUUUGGCAACAGAGGGACUAUGUCCGAGUGCUGUCAUCAAGAAAGAAGCUGUCAAGAGGGUUAAGAAGGUCAAAGAUGAGGAUGAGGUCAAGACUGAAGUUGAUGCGGUCGUCAAGGAAGAGAAAGCUAAUGAAGACGCUCCUCCGCUGGAUGCCCCACUUGCUGGUGCCGGUACUGUGCCUGAUAUUGAGGGCAUGGGCGCAGGUGUCAAGAAGGAGGAGCCGUAA